GUGACGUAAUAGCAGACAUAGUUGGAGGGUUCGGGUAAAAAUGGCCGAAUAUUUAGCUUCGAUAUUCGGGACUGAGAAGGACAAGGUUAACUGCUCUUUUUACUUUAAGAUCGGGGCCUGCCGGCACGGGGACCGGUGCUCCCGGCUUCACAACAAACCGACUUUCAGCCAGACCAUAGUGCUGCUCAACCUGUACCGGAAUCCACAGAACACCGCCCAAACCGCAGACGGAUCGCACUGUCACGUGAGCGACGUGGAGGUGCAAGAACACUAUGAUAACUUCUUCGAGGAAGUGUUCACGGAACUGCAGGAGAAGUACGGGGAGAUUGAAGAGAUGAAUGUGUGCGACAACCUGGGGGAUCACCUCGUGGGCAAUGUUUAUGUCAAGUUUCGGCGCGAGGAGGAUGCAGAGCGGGCAGUCGCUGAACUCAAUAACCGCUGGUUCAACGGGCAGGCUGUGCAUGCCGAGCUGUCUCCCGUCACUGACUUCCGGGAGUCGUGCUGUCGGCAGUAUGAGAUGGGGGAGUGUACCCGGGGUGGUUUCUGCAACUUCAUGCACCUGCGACCUAUCUCCCGCAACCUCCGGCAGCAGCUCUAUGGGCGGGGACCCAGGCGCAGGUCACCCCCAAGGUCCCAUACUGGCCACCGUCCCCGAGAAAGAAAUCGACGACGGUCCCCAGACCACCGGCAUGGCCAUUUCUGAGAUGCUGACCUUGCCCUCCACCCCUGGCAGGCACAUAUGUUCCUGGCCAGGACCCCUCCUCAAAGCCCCCUUAACUCCCUAGUGCCAUCUUUUCCAUGCUCCGGGUCUCCAUGAUGUAAUACCUUCAACACAGGGACCUUCUAUCGCCCCGCCCCUAAUAAAGUUCUAUAUUGAGGGUUUA